AGCAUCUUCUCUAGCUGCAGACUUCAGAGCCACCAUUUGUUCCAUCUGCUGCUUGUUUGUCUGAAUUCUGAAUUAGAUCAUGGGUGUCUUCAACGUUCGGACCGUGGUGUGGAUACUCGUGCUUCACGUCUGUCUGUUUCCUCAACUGGGAUCAGCUCAACUUAGACGAGACUACUAUGCAAAUACCUGCCCCAACGUCGAAACCAUCGUUAGAAAUGUGGUCACCCAAAAGUUCCAACAGACCUUCGUCACCGUCCCUGCAACUCUUCGUCUCUUCUUCCAUGAUUGCUUUGUUCAGGGCUGUGAUGCUUCUGUUAUUAUUGCGUCUACGCAAAACAACCAGGCAGAGAAAGACCACCCGGACAAUCUGUCGCUGGCCGGAGACGGGUUUGACACCGUCAUCAAGGCCAAGGCAGCUGUGGACGCCGUCCCUAGUUGCAAGAAUAAGGUCUCCUGUGCGGACAUCCUUUCCAUGGCCACCCGUGAUGUCAUUGCUCUGUCUGGGGGACCGUCUUACGCAGUCGAAUUAGGAAGAUUGGACGGAUUGAGCUCAACCGCUGCAAGUGUCGACGGGAAGCUGCCUCAACCGACAUUCAAUCUCAAGCAGCUCACUUCCCUGUUUGCUGCUAAUGGCCUCACUCAGAUAGACAUGAUAGCUCUCUCAGCGGCGCACACUGUGGGCUUCUCUCAUUGUAGCAGAUUCGCUAAUCGUAUAUACAACUUCAGCGCCCAGAACCCGGUGGACCCUACAUUGAACAAGGCCUAUGCAUCACAGCUUCAAGGAAUGUGCCCUAAGAAUGUGGAUCCAUCCGUAGCCAUUAACAUGGAUCCUAACACACCCAGGACAUUCGACAACGUCUACUACAAGAAUCUCCAACAGGGGAUAGGACUCUUUACCUCGGACCAGGUCCUCUUCACAGAUGCUAGAUCCAGGCCCACCGUGAAUGCCUGGGCCAGCAACUCGGCCGCUUUUCAAAAGGCCUUUAUCAAGGCCAUCACCAAAUUGGGUCGGGUUGGUGUCAAGACCGGAUCACAAGGGAACAUCAGAAGUGAUUGUGCAGCAUUCAAUUAGACAGAUCUAGGCAGAAUAAAAAAUAUCAAACGCCUGCUGUGAUCCGAUGGACCCAAUAAAGAAAGUGUUUGCUCUUUGCUUCUUUGUAGGAACUACUGAUCUUCGAGGAACAGAGAAAGAAUAAAACGAAAAUUAGUUCUAUUU